GCCGUGAGUGAAAGCUUGAGCCGCCCCUCUUUGCGCCCACCGCUGUUAGGUGCAAAGGCUACGCAAGCAAUUGCACGCAGCUCCACUUGCCGCAUCCUCCGGACCCUUUACCACAGCAAACCAAGCACCCAACAGCGACAGCAUCACGGCGAUUUUCCCUUCAUCACGGCAAUAGCGCACACUGAGCGUCUUGCCGCUCAACAACUACGAUAGCAGCCGAUUGCGCUCUGUCCGCGCUCUACACUAGUCCACGUCAGCUAACAGUUGUGCACGCAGACUUCACAAUGGGUUACGAAGACUCCGUAUACCUGGCCAAGCUGGCCGAGCAGGCCGAGCGCUAUGAGGAGAUGGUCGAGAACAUGAAGGCCGUUGCCUCCGCGGACCAGGAACUCUCCGUCGAGGAGCGAAAUCUCCUUUCCGUUGCCUACAAGAACGUCAUCGGUGCUCGCCGCGCGUCCUGGAGAAUCGUCACCUCCAUCGAGCAGAAGGAGGAGUCCAAGGGCAACGAGGCCCAGGUUGGUCUUAUCAAGGAGUACCGCCAGAAGAUCGAGGCCGAGUUGGCCAAGAUCUGCGAGGACAUUCUCGAGUGCCUCGAUGGCCACUUGAUCCCCUCUGCUGAGAGCGGCGAGUCCAAGGUCUUCUACCACAAGAUGAAGGGCGACUACCACCGCUACCUUGCCGAGUUCGCUGUUGGCGACAAGCGCAAGACCUCUGCCGACAAGUCACUUGAGGCUUACAAGGCCGCCACCGAGGUUGCCGCCUCCAGCCUGGCCCCUACCCACCCCAUCCGCCUCGGACUUGCCCUCAACUUCUCCGUUUUCUACUACGAGAUCCUCAACUCGCCCGACCAGGCUUGCCAAUUGGCCAAGCAGGCUUUUGACGAUGCCAUUGCUGAGCUCGACACCCUGUCUGAGGAGAGCUACAAGGACUCUACCCUCAUUAUGCAGCUCCUCAGGGACAACCUGACCCUCUGGACAUCGUCCGAGGCCGAGCCCUCUGGUGAUGCCCCCGCCGCCGAGCCCGCUACCGAUGCACCCAAGGCCGAGAGCAGCGAGGCUCCUGCUGAAGCCAAGGCAUAAAGUCGAAAACAUGAUAUCAGACGCAAAAACGGCAGGGGUUAAUGGUACGGUGUAUCAUGGUAAGAGUCAAUGAUGUCCUAGUCAUCAUUUUCUGGCGGCAUCAAGGGUAUAUCCUAGCGUGCUCCAGGCCGGGUGCGCUUUGUUAGACUCUGAAUUUCCAUCCUGUCCACACUUCAUGCACUCAAGGCUCUUUCCAUUGUCCUGUCCACUCCCACCAGUAUGCGUCAUAUACGGUCACGUCUUGUAUGUUCCUCAACGUUCAUGGUUGCCCCGGUCUAAGACUUAGAUGUUGACGUCAACGUUCAUUUUUGGCAUAGUCAGAGAGUGUAAUAGAUGCUCAUUCUGGUUCUGCGAUUCCCCACAAAUCCCCUCAGAAGGCUUAUAAUUCAAGACUAUUUGCUUCUUUUCAGAG